AUGGAUAUCUUAUCUGCGUUUCAACGAGUCUUUAGAGUUUUGACUCUCGAGAAAACAACACAUGAUGAUAUUAGGAAGCUCGCCUCAGCGAUAUACCUGCAAUUUAGUAUUACAAGUCAGACACUUAUCUUUGUGACAUGGUCACGACAUUGGUCUUAUGUGGAACAUCCUGGUCUGUUGCUCGUGAUGGCCUUCAUCGUUGCUCAGUUGGUUGCUACCCUAACUGUGGUCUAUGCGAAUUGGAGCUUCACGGCGAUAGAAGGGAUCGGAUGGGGAUGGGCCGGAGUCAUCUGGCUUUACAACAUCAUAUUCUACAUUCCUCUUGAUCUCAUCAAGUUCUUCAUCUGCUAGGCGCUAAGUGGUCGUGCUUGGGACCUUGUUAUCGAACAAAGGAUCGCAUUCACAAGGAAGAGGGACUUUGGAAAAGAGCAGAGGGAGCUCCAAUGGGCGCAAGCGCAGAGGACGUUGCAUGGGCUGCAACCGGAUACUAAGAUGUUCACGGAGCGAACCCAUUUCAACGAGCUUAACCAAAUGGCCGAAGAAGCCAAGAGGAGAGCUGAAAUCGCUAGGUUGCAGGAGCUUCACACGCCAAAGGGCCACGUUGAAUUGGUGGUGAGACUGAAGGGACUCGAUACAGAAACGAUUCAGCAAGCUUACACGGUCUGA